AUUUAUAUAAAAAAAAAUAAUUUAAACUACAUAUUAUUAUAAAUCUUUAUAAUAUUUGGUAAAAUCGUAUGUAGGAAUUUAAGCCACUAAUAAUACAUAACUUAGCAUAACCCUUGGUCAUUUUCAUCAACAUUAAAUCCAAGCCCACUAUAAAUAUCACUACCUUCAUAUCUUUCAAUUUCUCACACUCCCUUGCUUCUUAAGCAAUCCCCAUUUUUAAACCUCCUUCAAUUUCUCUCUCCUCUGUUUUUUCUCUUCCGAAAAUUGCCCAAUUAUGGAUUCUGGGUUUUCUUCAAAAUUCUAAUUGAAAUUAGGGUUUUGGUUUUCCUUACAAAUGUCUCAAUAAUACACCCUCAAAAAACAAAAUUUCUCCUAUUUGUAAAAGAAAAAAAAAAAAAAAAACCUCUGGUUUUUAAGCUUUUUUCUGUCAUCAAUGGCGAAGUUUGUGAACUCGUUCGCUUUACUCGACGGCGACGUAGAGGAUGAUGACGUUGAAGCUCUUUUCAAUCGCAUUGUCAACAAAGCUUUUGACUCGUUGAUGCAUGCGCAUAAUGAGGAUGAAACUUCAGCCCGCAAUGGUAGUGGUGGUAGGAAAGGAGGUAAAGGCCAUUGGGUUGGAAGCCGUGAUGAUAGAAAUGGUUGGGACGAUGAUAUACAGGGAGGUGAUGGACUUGAAUGGAAUCAUAGUAGAGAUUCUUAUGGAAGUGGGGAUGCAGUUGGAGAUGGAAAAAGCCUUGAUUGGGGUCAAGGCCAUGGUAAGGAUUCCGGUGGCGAAAAUAGGUGGGGGGAUGAUGUGAAUGAGGCUUUUGGUGGUGAAAAUGGGUGGGGUAAUGUGAAUGAGGCUUCUGGUGGCGAAAAUGGGUGGGGUAAUGUGAAUGAGGCUUCUGGUAGUGGUGACAGUAAUAUUCAAACUGUAAAUGAUGAUGCUGGGUGGCAGAAGGUUUCAAAGAGUCAAGGGAAGGGUUAUGCUGAUAAUGACCGCGCUUUUGGAGUUGAGCAUGGUUACAAGAAUGGGAAUGAUGUUGAGGAGAAGAGAGGUUACGGGGAUCAAGUUCAAUAUAAUGGUGCUGCAGAUGGACAGAGGCAAUUCAGAUAUGGAAACCAAAGAUAUGGCGGUGAGAGAAGAGGGUAUGUGAAUCAAGGUCAGGGUAAUAAUGCUGCAGAUGGACGAAGAUACAGGAAUGGAAGGCGGGGCUAUGAUGGUGAGAGGAGAGGUCAUGAGGAUAAGGUUCAAGAUAACAAUGCUAAUUCUGAACAGCAUAGUAUGGAAGUGGAUGUAAGUGAAGACAAUAGAACUGGAGGUGAAGAGAGGAAAUACAGAAAUGGAAACCGGAAUUGUGGUGAUGAGAAGAGAGUUUAUGGUAGAAACAGGGAAAGAGGUAGACAGGAUUACAGAAGGACUGAUGGUGGUGAAGGGAAGGAGACUGUCAAUGCUGAUGAUGGGCAUGAUUUCAGAGCUGUACAUGUCAAUGGUUCUGGAGGUGAUGCUGAUUUGGUUUGGGAAGCCUCAAAAGCUGCAGAAGUUGAAGAACAUAACAUUACUGAAGAGGUCUCUGAAGAUACUCGAGUCUCAAAGGAGGAUACAGAAGAGCAGAAAAAGAAAACCGAACUUGAGCUUAAAAAGAAAGAGGAGGAAAUGAAGGAAGCUGCACUCAUGACUCUAGAUCAAUAUGAAAAACUGCUCUUAGAGAAGAAACAGGCGCUGAAUUUGCAGAAGACAGAAUUGAGGAAAGUGUCUAUUGACAAGGAAUUGGAGGGAAUGCGACUGAUUGAGAAAAAGCCUGUUGCUAUCAAUGAUAUAUGGAAAUCUGCUAAGGACAAGCAAAAGAUGAAAAAUAGUCCCAAGAAUCAAGCAUCAGAAACUUCAAAGACAGAAGACAAUGGAGAGGUUACUGAGAGUGAUGUCAAUCUGAUAUCCGAGGAGGAAAAGCUGCAGAAAGAUGGAAGUCUUGAGAAGAAGGAAAAGAGCCGUAAAUUUGUGGCUGUCGAGGUACAUGAAAUCUUCAAGCCAACUUUCCAUCGUCGGAGUUCUGGUGGAAGGUGGCAAAGUCGUGGUGGUCGUGGUGAGCAAGGUGGCUUCAGUGACCGGACUAACAGUGAUGCUGCUGCACGCACACCUGCACGUGCUCCUGCUUCUAGGCACCCACGCAUUCCAACGGACAAAGAUUUUCCUGUCCUGGGUGCUACUCUUCCUGCUCCUGUGAAACACUCAGCUUAGUUUUCGUUCUUCCUAGUUAAUAGACCUAUUAAGACAGAAAUAUUAGUCCUCUUUAGCUGGUUGUCUAGAAUCCUUAGGCUUGGCUUAAACAUUAUAGUUUAUACAAAGUGAUUGUUUUAAUUGUUAUCCUCUGCUGCUGGUUAUCUGUGGUUAAGUUGAUGCUGUAUGUUCUGAAGUUCCUUACAGUACAGGUUCUGCUGCACUUGAAUCGGAAGUUUUGGUUACUUAAAUCAGAUUGUUUGUCUAGAA